CGUCGACGUUUCCAAAAGUCUUUCCAUAAAAAGUGCUUUUCCGAACUUCUUCUUCCUUCUUCCUCUUCUCUCUCGUCCUUUCUUCACCGCAACUCUUCACCACCUUCGACGACAACAACAAACAAACGGACAAUCCCUCUCCUUCCAAACGCGCCGUUUCUCUUUCUCCCUCGAAUCCACGCUUCUCUCACUUCCAUCGAGAAACAAAGCCACCUAACCACUAAAAUGUAGCGAGCAAUAACAAAAACAAAAGCGCAGAAUCGGUUAACUAUGGCUUUCCAAGACCAUCUCCAGCACGAAAUAGCGUUCCAGCGUUUCACGGAGGAGCAAGAGCUGAGCGAGGGAAGAGAUAUGCAGCAGAGGCUCCCACCGACAUGGCUCAACAGCGUCAACGCGGCGCAGCAGCGGCAGCAGAAUUUCCUUGACGGCGCCGCCGAGAAAAGCGUGGAUCGGAACCGGGGCGAGAGCAAUUGCGAGUCGGAGGAUUUGAGGGAAUACAAAGCGGACAUUCUUGGACACCCUCUCUACGAUCAACUGUUAUCGGCGCACGUGUCGUGCCUCAGGAUUGCCACGCCCGUCGACCAGCUUCCCAGGAUCGACGCGCAGCUUCAGCAGUCGCAGCGCGUGGUGGAAAAGUACUCGGCACUCGCGAAUAACGGCGUCGUCGAUGAGAAGGAGCUUGAUCAGUUCAUGACCCAUUAUGUCCUGUUGCUCUGUGCAUUUAAAGAACAACUGCAACAGCAUGUCCGUGUUCAUGCCAUGGAGGCAGUGAUGGCUUGUUGGGAUCUGGAGCAGUCUCUGCAAAGCUUGACAGGUGUCUCUCCCGGAGAAGGUACGGGUGCAACAAUGUCAGACGAUGAAGAUGAUCAGGCAGAGAGCAACGGCAACCUUUACGAAGGGAGCUUCGACGGCGGCGAAAGCCUUGGGUUUGGUCCUCUUGUCCCCACUGAGACUGAAAGAUCCUUGAUGGAGCGAGUGAGGCAUGAACUGAAGCAUGAAUUGAAACAGGGUUACAAGGAGAAGAUUGUGGACAUAAGAGAAGAAAUUCUACGAAAGAGACGAGCAGGGAAGCUUCCAGGGGACACCACAUCCCUUUUGAAAGCUUGGUGGCAAGCACAUUCUAAAUGGCCAUACCCCACUGAGGAAGACAAGGCUAGACUGGUGCAGGAAACAGGGUUGCAAUUAAAGCAGAUAAAUAAUUGGUUCAUAAAUCAAAGGAAAAGGAACUGGCAUACUAAUAACCCUUCAUCUUCGAGUAACACCAAAACCAAGCGCAAGAGCAGUGCAGGAGAAAGCAGUAAUCAGAGCUUCAUGUGAAUGGUCGCAUAUUUUGAACAAAAGUUAUUGGUAAUUAUUCUUCUUUUAUGCGUGGUCGUGGGAUUCUUAGAUCUUUACAGUUAGCAUGAACCUGAAAUGAUGAACUCUGGAUCUAAAGGUAAAUUCAUGAUAAAAUUAAUCACUGUUUACAGAAAAUUAGCCCUUCCUGGUAUUGUUGUAUAUGAGGCUGCUGCCACUUCAUUUCUGAUA